AUUGCCCGUUGCUGUUUGAAAAAUUGAAAACGGUGUUUAUAAUUUGUUGUUAUCCUCCUUUGAGUGAGAUCGUAACGGCUACGCGAUUUGGCAAAAUUCCCUCGGGCGCUUAUGUUAUAUAAAAUGAUCGUCGAGUGACUUCGUGUAUAAAAAAGUUAAAAAUAGAUUAUUCAGAGUGAAUUGCGUGUUCGUGUAUUUUUGUUUUCAUUUUUGACAAACUUCGUAGAUGUCUUCGUUAUAACAAGAGAACUUUAUGAGACUAUAUAAAAGUGCAUUGACUAUUUAAUUGAAAAAAAUAAUUGACUUAGUGAACAAUGGCUCACGUGGAGCCUAUGGAGUUGGAUGGUAUAGAAAGUGACUUUGAUAACAAGGAGAAUACAUUUCACAUUAAUAAUGCUUUACCAAGAGCGCCGUGUUUUGAAAAGUUGCAUGAGAAUUUGGAUGUGUCAGAGGUGAAACAUAUAUGCUCUAUUACUCAAGGAACUUCAUCAAUGUCAAGAAGUUUUACUGCUAACAUUGAUGAUAAGAAUAUUUCGGUUGUUGAAGACCACAUUUUAAAUGGUAACUCCAACCUUACACGAUCAUUGAACUCUACAUUAGCCAAUUGCAAUGCUUUAUUAAAAUCACCAAAGUCUUUACCAUUACAAUCAAUAACAUCAAGUCAGUGUACAGACUUAGAAAGAAAUACCAUUGAGAAAAGGUUACUUGAUGAUAAAAAUAAUAUAAAUCUGAAUAUUGAUGGAGCUGAUAUGGAAAGCUUAUCAUUACCAAGUACAUCUUCAUCUUUGGGUCAUACCCCAGAAGCCACAACUCCAACAAAAGAAAUUCCAAAAGAUGGUGGCUCACCUAUCAUGAGAGGGUUAAAGAGUGUCCUCAGCAUGUUUAGAUCAUCACAAAGCCCAAUUCCACCUGUACUAGAUAGAGAUGAUGAAAAUAAAGACUCUCAGGAAGCUGUUUUGAAUUUACAAACUGUGGACUCCGAACCUCAAGCCGGAACAGUCUUAGCGUCAACACCUAUGAAAAAUUCUAAAAGAAAUUGUGCUUUAAAAGAAAGUGUUACAUUCAAUGAUGAUUUAGAUAGAGAAUUACACUGGAAAGAAGAUUCUGCUGUAUUUUUCAAAGAAGAAAAAGUGCCUUUACAUAUUUUAUUUCCUACUCAUAUAAGUUCUAAUGUUAAGCCAGCUAUUAGUAAUAUAGUUCAAGAUAAUAGGAAUAUUUCUCUUGAGUACAUGGAUAUUUCAUUAAAUGAGACUAUAACAGCUAAUAAUAUUAAAGAAAUUGAAGAAAAGGAUGCCAGUACCAUUAUAAAUAAUUAUGAAUCUGAUUCAGAGUUCAAGGAUUGUGAAACAACAUUAAACAGUUCUGAAGCAGAUCAAAUUCAUGAAAAUGAACCAUUUGUUGGUAAACACUUAAAUCAAGAUUCUAACAUUGAUAUGUCAGGUCUGGAAUUUGAAAAUAUGGAGGUUGUCUCUAGCAUAACCAAAUCAAAUCCACAAGAAGAAUCUGAUAUUACACGUAAUGGUGCAUUUGUUAUCAAAAUGGAUAUUGGAAGUGAAGUUACUGAUUCAUAUAAAGAUGACCCUAUUAGUCUUGACUCUAAACACAAUUCUUAUGCCAUGAAAGAAACCAUUAAUAUGAAUGCUAUAACAGGAAAAAGCCUCCAAAAUACUGAAUUAAAUGAAACUGUUAAUAUUGAAACAUAUAUGGAUAGUUUAGGUAUUGACAUGAUAGAGAAUGUGAAUAAGACAAUAAGUAAAGAACCAAUUGUAGAAAGUGUAUGUCUAAAUAAUGAUUUUGAUAAUAAGCAUAUGAAAUUAAAUAAAGCAAUAAAUCAUGGCUCCCAUUUAUACACAGAGGAUAAAAUAGAAAGUGAAACUAUAGACAAAUUACAUACAAAAUCUCUAAGUGUUGAAAAAGCUCUAGAACCAAAACAGCCACAAACAAGUAUAGAAUCUCUAAGUGCUGAAGAAUCUCUAGAACCAAAACAGCCACAAACUAGUAUAGAAAUUGAUGAAGAAAUAUCAAAUGCACCAGUUGAUAUUGUAAAUCACACAGGCGAUCAUUUACCUUCUGAAACAAUACAGAAGGAAGUGGCAUUGAAUAAAAUACAUAAUGAAGAUUUAAAUAAAACCCUUUCAUAUAACGAGGAUAUUUUAGACAUAAAUACUACAAUUACCGUUGGCUGUGGUGUUAGUAACAAUCUUGCAAUAACUGCUGGAAUAGAGGCAAAUAAUGAUAAUAAUCAAGUUCACAUUACAGAGGCUUCUGUAAAUCAAGAAACUUUUACUAGCAUUAUAAAUGACUUACCUAACAAUAGAAAAGGUUUUGAAACCAAAUAUUCCGAAAAUUUCACAACUGCAAUUGAUGAUGAUAUCAGUGAAAAUAUUAAUAAUAAAUCUGACCUGCCAGAUGUGGUACAAUCAAAUGAAAACACUGAAUUUUUGUUAAAGAGAGAAGAAAUUUAUAAACAUGAUAUUGAAAUGGUUAACAAAAGUGAUGUUGAUUUAAUGAAUGCAGACAAGUUAGAAGAUCAAAGUAGUAUUCAAGUUAGCACAGCUGCUAUUGAGUCAGGUAUGUUGCAUGAUAAUUGUGCAAUGUUUAAAGAACAAAUUUUUGAAGAUUUGCAUAACGAUAUUGGUGAUGUAAAGAAUAAUAUUAGUAACAAAAUUGACCUUAAAAACAUAGAUAUGCUUAGGUCAAUUCAGGCUACCGCAUUCAGCACUGAAAUUUGUAAUAACACAAUUGACAGUAAAGAUAUAGAGAAAGAUGUAAGCAAUGACAAUACAGUAGAACCUUUAAUUGUCGAAAAUAAUAAAUCCCUGACAAAUAAUAACAAUAGUGAUUUAAAAUAUCAGGCUCACAACUCUUUCCAACUAAAUCCUGUGUUUAAAUUCGAUGAGACUAAAAAUAUAAUUCCUGAUUAUAAUAUUUUCCAUGAUGAUAGAGUUUGUUUGCAACCUGACAUACUAAAUGAAAACCAAUUAUUGGAUUUUGAAGGCUCAUCAAAGAUAAUUAGUGGCACUCACUUUAUAAAUGAUCAUACACCCCAAGAAGAUUUUAUUGAUAAUACUAGUCAUACGGAAGUUGAACCGGCUGUUUUAUCAGAAAAGGAAUAUGAAGCUUUAGCGAUUAAAGAAAAAUAUGAUACUCAAGUUGAAAAUAAAACUUUAAAAAGUACUGGAAAUUUAGCUAAUGAUGAAAACAUAAUGCUUAAUAAACUAAGCUUACCAAAUUUAACAGUUACAGGAGAUAUUAAGGAAGAAAAUUUGAUAACGGAUUUGAAAAAUGACAUUAAUGUAGAAAUAAAUGUUAUUAAAGCUUUAGAUUCCAAUUCAACUUUGCCAAAUAAAUGUGAUAUAAUAAAUGAAGAAGUAUUUGAAAUUAAUUGCACAGAAACACAAGAAUCUCCCUGCAAAACUCAGAAACUAGAUCAAGAUGAUUUAGAAGUUGUAAAUAUUAACAGCCAAAGUAAAUGCACUGUAGUUCUCGACAAUCCUUUUGAAACAAAAUCCGAUAUACUUGAAACACCAUCUACAACCAUUAAAAUAGAAUCAAUGGGGUACCAUUUCAAUUUUGAUGAAAUUAACGACCCGUUCGCCACGAAAACUAAGAUGAGAUCUUCACCUCCGGGAAAUAAUCCAGCUACCGAUACUUUUACCCCAAUUGAAACCAUCAAUAAACCAAAAAGUAGACAAAAGUUACUACAGAAUAAGAGAAAGUCACAACCCUUAUCAAAAAAGCUAAAUGUUAGCUGUAAAAAGAAUACGGACUCCACUUUAACUGAAGCCGUCUCAUGUGUAAAAGAAAAUAAUAGCAAGAAAUUAGAUGAAACUCAACUAAUUGAAGCUCUUCAAAGUAAAGAUCAGAUGUUAAACCAAAUUGAAAUUCACAAUGAUGCAAACGAAAGCAAUAUUGAUGCUCACGUAGUAACUGCAAACGAUUCAGAAAUAGAUAAUAUUGUUAUUAAUGAUCAUAAAAGGUGUGAUUUGAACGUUUCUUACGAUGUUAGUGAAAGAAACGUAUUUAAUUUACCUGAGAUCGACGUUAGAAAUUUUAACCCGUUCACUACUAGAACUAAAGUAUGUUUAACACCACCAUUAGUCAAUGAUACCUUUAAUGCAGAAAACAUCGAGCUCUUAGAUUCAAAUAAAAAUAAUACUACGGUGAUUAUUAAUAACGAUGACACUAAAGAAACUCUGGAGGAUAGAUAUUUUAUUGAAAAAUCUAGACAUGAAGACGAGACCUUAAAAGAAGUAAAUACAGAAGAUGAAGAUACUAUUGAAGGACCAUUCUUAGAUGAAGACAAUUUAGGCGAGAUUGAAAAAGGUGACAAACUUAUUAGUGACGAAAAGCAUGAUUAUAAUAUGGCAUUUGAUGACCUUCCUAAACAACAAACUGAUGAGGCUGAAAAUGAAAUGUUUAUUGAUGCUGAAGCGUUUGAAUUUUUAUUGAAUCAAAAUCAGGCCAAUAUAGUAGCUGACAGUGGUAAAGAGAGUUUAUUCCUCAAGUUUGAUCCUUUAUUUGCGAAGAGAGUAUCAAGUGAUGGAAUUUUAGCAGCUUUAAGCAAUUUUCAAAAGAAACAAAGCACGCCAAAAAAAGAAACACAACAGGAAGAAUGUUAUUUAUACGCCGAAACAGCUAACGCAUUUCCAUCAUGUAGUAGAAAUGUUCCAACUUUUGAUCAUAUUGAUGAAUCAAGUGGUAAUAAUAUAUCAAAACCUACUAUGGUAGUGAAUCCAGCUGUUGCAUCCCCUAGAAAAAAUGCAACUCCUCCUAAAAGAAAUAGGCAAUCUUUAACAUUCACGUCCCCUGCUAUGGCAGUUAUAGAUAAGCUUCUUUCCCUUAGUGGAAAUACUAGUACAUCCUUAUGCCACGAUACGAGUAUACCUCAAAUUUGUUCAGAACAGCAGCACACCGAUGUAGCUCUCACGCAGUUAAGAGAGAUGUUAGCCGAGAAAGAAAUGCACGUACAGGUGUUAAGAAAUGAUCGUAAAGAACUAACUAACAGGCUCGGCGCGUUGGAAUCUCAAGUGAAAACUUUAGAAUACGAGAGUGAAGACAGACUAAGAAAAAUAAAAGACUUAAAUAAUGAACUAUCAGAAAAAAAUAAACAAAACAAAAAUAUGGCGACUGUUGUUGAAGAAUAUGAAAGGACAAUUGCAACUCUAGUUGCUGAACUCGAACAGUCUAAGAAGCAGCAUGCUGAAGAACGAAUGCGACUUAUUAAAGACCGUAACGAACAAACUGCACAUUUAUCAACUUUGGAAAUAUCAUUUAACGACUUGCACAGCAAAUAUGAAAAGAGUAAACAAAUUAUUUUAAGCCUAAAAGCGAACGAAGACUCCCUGAAAAAAUCACUUCAAGAGUUUGCAGAUAAUCAAGUGAAGAUUCAGAACAACUAUGAGCUAUUGAAACAACACGCCACCGGUAAGCUAAACCACGCAAAUCAAGAACUUGAAAAGUUGAACAAAGGUCACGAAGCAGAGGUUCUGAAACUACAGGCAAUGAUGAAAAGGAAGGAUUUACACAUAUCAUCCCUCGAGGAAACGCUUGCGCAGAAAACUAAAGCGAACAAAGAGUUGACCGCUAUUUGCGACGAGCUAAUAAAUAAAGUCGGUUGAACUAUAAUUAGACACAGUCUAAACAGCUAUAACUCUUUGUGAUCUAGAAUUCAUGGCUUGUGUACUUAUCACAUGAUAAGUUGCAUUAAGAAUGAUGUCGCGUAAUUGGUGAACUGGCUCAUGUGUUUGAGACAAAUUAUGCGCGAACUUUCGUAGUGUUUUAUGAAAUAUGACGAUCUAAAAUUAUGACUAUUAUAUACAGUACUAGUGUCGCCGACGUGUAUAAGUUGUUGGUACUCUGUUUUAUUUGAAAUCUAGUUUCUAAAGGACAAAUAGUUAUGCUGGCCAUAAUUAAGUGUGUCUAAUUUUUAUUUACUUUAUUUUACGUUAAAGAGAAACAUAAAUAUUUUCUGUUUAAAUUAAAAUGAGUAUUUUUGACCUCUGUAGAUUAAUUUUUCUCGAAUUAUUUUUUCUAUGCGUUAUAUGUGAAAUUUCGUAGUUGAAAGUAUUUAGGAUUUUUUUAAAUGAGCGAUUAUGUUGCUACUUUAUUACAGAGUCAUUGUAUUGAAUACUUCCAAGAAAUUCUUAGCGUUAUAUAAAUUAACAUUAAUGGGAUGAUAAAUAUAAUUUGAUAUUAAGUUGGUAUGUAAAGGCUGAUGUCUGAUGAUUUUUUUGGUCUUGUAAAAAUAAAUAUUUUUCUACUUUUUUUCUAUAAAUAAUAAUAAUGUUUUAUGGGCUAAUAAUGUAAAAUUCCAAAAUGUAUUCGCCUAUACAAAAAUAUUGUACACGGGUUGUUAGAAGCGAACUAUUUUUGUAAAAUAUUUUGGUUUAAUUAGAUAUUUUA